UGCCAGGUCAUGGAGGAGGUCAGCAAUGCUGUACUCAUCACACACUCCUCCUCCACCACCUGUUCCUCCUCCGCUCCGUCAGCACUGGGAUCUCUCUCUCAGCCCGUAGCCCAGCAUGCUGUGGAGGAAGACGCCUCCCAGAGUCUUCAGCAGAAACGAGCGGCAGAUUCUCUAAUCCAGGUCAUCGAGAAGCUCAGCAAAAUCGUGGAGAAGCGGCCCCAGCGUCGCUGCACCAUGGCGGGACAGAAAAGAGGGGGAGGAGGUGAGGAAGGGGCGAGAGGGAGCAGAGGUGGCUCUCCUUUAAAGAAAGUUAAGAGAAACUGUAAGGUGCAGGAUAACGCAGAAGAGAUGCGAAUAGAAGGUGACCGUAACAACAACAUCACAUUAAUGGAGGCAUCAAACAACCCCAACAGUGGCGACCACAAACGGACGGUGACCUGUUAUCAGUGCAGCCUGUGCCCCUACCUCUCCCAGACACUGCCUAUGCUGAAAGAGCACCUUAAGCACCACAACGAGCAGCACAGUGACCUCAUCCUUAUGUGCUCCGAGUGUCGCUUCACCUCUAGAGACCAGGGGCAGCUGGAGGCCCACGUCAGGCUGCACUUCGACAACGGAGGAAACCUGACGAGCAAUUUGUCUGAUACCUACAGCGAGGGCAAGGAGGAGGUUUUAAGAAUGCAGGAUGGGGACUGGAACGAUAGUAGCCCAUUGGACGGUUCAAAAGAGCUCCCGCAGAAGAAGAAGUGGUAUAGCUUCGAGGAGUAUGGGCUGUAUCGCUGUCUGAUCUGCAGCUAUGUUUGCAGCCAGCAGAGAAUGCUCAAAACUCACGCCUGGAAGCAUGCCGGCUUGGUGGAUUGUUCUUACCCAAUCUUCGAGGGGGAAGAUGGCAAUACCGCAAGGAAAGAGUCCCAGCCUGCACCUAACAGUGCUGCAACCAGAGAGGAAAUAGUCUUUUUUUCACCAGUUCCUCAAGAUAAAAGCCUCCAAAAGCUGCCCACUGCCUUCAAGCUCCAGCUCUGCGAGCCAAUGAAGGCUGAGAAUAAACAUGACGCGUUGAAUCGUCCAGUUUCCGAUAUCAAAGAAAGUUUGAAAAUGGAAGAGGAGGAAAGCGUGUACCCUAUCAAAGAGGAGCCCAUGGUAGAGGUGCAGGUGACGACGGAGGCAGACGCCAAGGUGGAGAUCGAUAAUCACCAAAACAGCGCUUUCAUCAAGGACAGCUUACUGUCAUCGGCACAAAAGAUCAUCAACAGCAGUCCCAACAGUGCCGGACACAUCAACGUGAUCGUGGAACGCCUUCCUUCAGCUGAGGAUUCCGUCAUGGCGACCAACCCUCUUCUUCUUAGCCCGCACGUGGACAGGGAGAAGAACUCAUUGGAUGCGAAUGAGGAGCGGGGCCAUGUGGGAGCUGCAAAGGGUGAAGUAGUGUCUAGCUGCAUUCUGGGCAGCACUCCUGACAGCAUACCUUUAGUAGCAGAUUUUAAACAGUCUGUUGCUGUGGGUAGUGACUCUCCACGGGAUGAAAACAUUCCCCCAGCUGGUCGAAAGAGGACACAUUCUGAGUCCCUGCGCCUGCACUCUCUGGCGGCUGAGGUCCUGGUAGCUAUGCCUAUGAGGACCACCGAGCCCCCCCCCUACAGCACAAAGGUAAGUCUUAGGACCGGCACAGCCCAGACACAGAGCCCCAACCAGAAAUGGGUCGAGGUGACAACAGCCGGUCAGAGGACUUCUGACGCGGAGACGACCGCAGCUCUGUUGGACUUAGAGCUUCACGGCGAGGCCAGAGAAGAAGAAUUGGGGUCCUUGUGCCUGGGGGAGGGAGACGAGGUGGGCACUGCCACUAAAGCGGGAAUCAGCCUGUCAUUGCUAACCGUCAUCGAGAGACUCAGAGAACGCUCGGACGAGAACGCCUCCGACGAGGAUAUCUUAAAGGAGCUUCAGGACAACGCUCAGUUCCAUAACGGAGCUGUAGAGAGUGUGGUGACAGGAAACGGAGCAGGGAGCUACAUGUGUAGCAUUCCUGGAAUGGACGGGUUGGUGACAAGUUCUGACGGGGGACUGGUGGACUACAUCCCCGGAAAUGAAAGGCCGUACAGGUGCCGCCUGUGUCGCUACAGCAGCGACAAUAAGGGGUACAUCAAACAGCACCUCCGGGUACACAGGCAGAGACAGCCCUAUCAGUGUCCCAUCUGCGAGCACAUCGCCUCAGACAGCAAGGACCUGGAGAGCCACAUGAUCCACCACUGCAAGACCAGGAUGUACCAGUGCAAGCAGUGCCCUGAUGCCUUCCACUACAAGAGUCAGUUAAGGAGCCAUGAGAGGGAGCAGCACAGCUUCAGCGAGGAAAUGUCCGGCCUCACCCCCGUCACUGAAACUGUCUCCAUGGUGGAGGACGCUGAGCGGGUCACAGAUGAUGAAUGUGCUGUGCAGAAUAUGUAUAAGUGUGAUGUGUGCGACUACACCAGCUCCACUUAUGUCGGCGUGAGGAACCACCGUCGGAUUCAUAACUCUGACAAGCCUUAUCGGUGAGUUGUUAAA